UAUUUACCUAUACGAUACAAAUAACAAAACAACUAUUAUAAGGCCAAUGGGUGAUUUUUUCACUGUUUGAACCUUUACAAACCGCUUGAUGGAACCAAUGUUAAAUUUAAAUUACGUUGUUCAAUAUUCUAUAAUGUUAUAUUAUGUAACUAAUUAAACAAAUCCUUCAUAUAAUUGGUACGAUCGGAACACACGUGUAAUCGAAAAUGUAAGUGUCCGAAAGUUGUUGGCAAAGUUAUUGAACAACUUUUAAACUAUUUCGGUCCUUUGGCAUUUAAAACAUUGAUUAAAUAUGUAUUUAUAAGCUCACUUUGAUUGAUUUCACAAGAUUGAAAAUCAGAAAGCAGAAGUUACGAAAAUGAGCCUCCAAGACCGUUUGAAACCAUUAAUUAAAAUAUUGAAAGUGGUUUCACUAUGUGGUAGUAGUGUUUUGAUUGUUGCAUAUCACUGUAGCUUAAUAAACAAAAGUAUUAAAAAUAUUGUGAACACCAAUGUCUUAGAUGUGGAAAAGAAAUUCACUGCUGAAUAUAUUUACAUUGAUGACCCCUCCUACGAUGCCACAAUGAAGUUGGAACAUACUAGGGAGAUUUCAAAUUCUGUAGGGUUCAGCCGUAUUUGGAAAAGUUUAAAACAUUCCCUGGCUUGGAAGCUACUGUGGGUCUGUCGCCAUGGAAGUAAGGAGCAACGGAAUUUAGCUAUAGACCAAUUAGCAGCUUUUAAAAAUAAUAAGAGUUGGGACUGCCUAAGAAUAGCCCAAGCUGUAGAUAAAAAUACAGCAGUUCUUCUUGCUCAUACAUAUGGUGUUGACCUACGUUACUUCCUUCCACCUCCUUUACAUGUAAGAAGAGCAGCCUUGACAUCAGAACUUUUGUCAUAUACAUUUAAAGAUAUGAUUAAUUAUGUGCAAAUUGUAAAUCCUCAUAGUUGCAUACAGCAUUUUUUAUCUAAAUAUUUUGUUAAUUUGCAAGAACAAAUAGGUGAAGUAGACAGCUCACCUCCAAAGCCAGAUAAUCUCAGCGAGAAAGAACUUUGCAUACUAUGUCUUGAUGCUCUGCAUCAUCACAUUUUUCUAUUUUACCAGAAAUCAUAUGAAAAUGAUAAAUCUGUAAAUACAUUGCAUAAAUUGGGAUUACUGCCUAAAUUGGCAGAGUUAAUGUUGCGAUAUAAACAUGAUACAGAAGUUGAUUUUGCAGUAUUAAAAAUACUAACUGUUUUAAGUUUGUACAAUAAUCUAUUAAAUGACUUUUUUCAAAAUGGACUUAUUGGGGAACUUGCUCGGCUACUAAAAUCAAAGGAUGUUCGUCUAGCCAGUUCUGCAGCUGUUUGUUUAGCCAAUCUCUCCGGCGAAUUUUGUUAUAGGCCUGGACUAUUUUUGUUAUACCCUUUAUAUAGACAAAGAAAAACUCAUACAUGUGACACUCUGCUUGUUCAUGGACUGCGGGGUGGUGUGUUUGUCACAUGGCGCCAGAGAGACAAAAAGUGUGCAGAACCUGUUGGAAUUAUAGAAGUGACAACAUCUGAUGUUGACUGUGACCCAUGUGAAGAAAGCACAGGUGAUAAAAAUAAUAGGUAUUUAGAUCCUGACCUUGAAAUGGUUUUAGAGCAAUUUAAAGAACUAGAAGAUGAAAAACUCUUGUCUAGUUAUGAAGUUGUGUUGAAUGACAUUCCAAUUGAAGCCAAGAGAGAUAUUAACAAUGACAUUUUACUGGCUAAAAAAAAGAGGGUAGCUUUAUUGCAAGAGGAGGAAGAUAAAUGUAGUCAUACACAUUGUUGGCCUAAAGAUUGGUUACCGAAAGAUUGCAGUAACCUAAGGAUACUGGGUUUUAAUUAUUGGAGUAAGCUAUCUGAUUGGUUGGAAGGAUGUCCACUUCAAAAUGCCGACAUUGUUGCUCGAGCUGAAGAACUUGCUUCUGCACUGAUUGAUGCUGAAGUUGGAAAAAAAAAUGUGGUUUGGCUGGCUCACUCAAUGGGUGGCCUGAUUGUUAAACAGUUGUUAGUAGAUGGUGCCCAAAAAAGUGAUGAGGCAUAUAAAAUAUUAUGUCAAAACACUAAGGCAGUGCUAUUCUACAGUACACCCCAUAAAGGCAGUGCAUUAGCAACAAUGCCUCGUGCUGCUGCAUCAAUAUUGUGGCCUUCACAAGAUGUUAAACAAUUACAAGAGAAUUCUCCUGAACUGCUUGAAUUGCAUGAGUUAUUCUUAAAAUUUGCAGACAAAUUUAACUGGGAAACUAUAAGUUUUGCUGAAACUUUACCAACUCUUAUUACAGCAUUCAAAGUACCUGUACACUUUGUUGAACCAUAUUCAGCAGACUUAGGGCGUGGAGUGUUUUAUCAACUUCCCCUUGAUCACUUAUCAAUAUGCAAGCCAGCAACCAGACAAUCUAUUUUAUACACAACAGUUUUAGAUAUUUUGCAGCAGGCAACUAAAUGUGAUGUUGAAAUGAAUUAUACUGAAUCUUAUGUUUAUAGAAUAGUGAAUGUAAUUUGGUUAUUUAUUAGUAGAAUAGUAAAUCAACUAAAAAGUACCAUGAAAGACUAGGAAACUGUUAAAAUUGCUACUAGAUCUGAGAAGUAAAACCAAAUAUAUUUGUAUGUAUUGUUUAAAACUUUAAAUAAUUUAACUUUGAUUUGCAUUGCGAAAUAUUU